AUGGCCCGGCGUUUUUGCAGCCCAUGGAUGCUGCCGGUGGCGCUAGUGCAGGCCUUCUUCAUGAUCACUUUGAGUGGCAUUUGGCUUUUCGGCUUCGGUCUGUUUUGGACCUUUAUGGUAGUUGAACUGCCCAAGGACCUGGGCCCCUACAGCCAGAUGAGCUCGUUGUCAAUGUUCCUGCAUGGCGCUUUCCCUGUGCCCUUGGAGAUGCGAGACACAAACGAUGUCAAGUACGAGUUCAAGUUCGACCACGUGUUGAUCCUGGCUAAUGUCAUGGUGCUUAUGAUGAUGGGCUGGGCACCGACAAGGGUGGCUGAUCUCCGAAAGGAGCUGGAGGAAGAUCAGAAUCACAUCAACAUUCUCCUGAGUGGUGACCGAGCUUUGACCAACGAGGAGCAAUUGCCUUGCGGGACGGAGGUUUCAGUGCAGCUGUUGCGGCAAAGUGUGCUGGGGCGCUGGGUACGGAGAACCGGAGUACAACCGAAGGAGCCGAAGGAUAGUGAGGUCCAUGACUACAAGGAAGAGAUCCUUUUGUUGCGAAAGGAUGGACAAGGCCGCUUCUCAAUGAAACAUACCUGGGUGACGAAUGCGGACAGCUAUGGCUCUGACCAAAGAAUGGUCGGCUGUUCACCUGAGACUAUAAAAAAGGAUUCUGAAGGUUUGGGAGGAUUCUUGGAGAGCAGUGAGGAGGGAGCACCAUGGGAAUGGCAAGUUCUUGGAGAGCCUGCUGAGCCUUCUAUUUGCAUCAAGGGCGCUGGUUGGAGGGCUACUGGUAUCAUUGAGGAUGACGACAUCGUCGCCCAUGGCUCCCAUCGAGGGAUAGAAAGUUUUGAUGUGCCAUUGCAGGAACUCCUGAAGACCUGGGACUUUGUUCCAGUGACCUGA